CCCUCUUCUUCAUUUUUUCUGUAAAGGGGGGCUGAUUUAUUGGAAAAUAACCUAGUUCAGCCCACUAACUGCAUGCUGCAUGUUGGGCAGAUUCUAAAAAAAAACUCAAUGCAAAAAAAGCUGAUGACGGAGAAUUAUCUCCAUCCGAUGGCUAUUUUCUCUGCUUAUUGCAUAGUAAUGAGCUUCUGACAGGCGCGACCUUUCAUAAGACAGCCCACAUUAUUGGCUUUCUGCCCAGAAUAUUGCUGCAACAUUAUCUGUGAUUGGUUAUCUUCCUAUCAUGCAUUGCUUCACAAGGGAAGCUGCUCCUUUUUUUUAAUAAAUCUACGAUGGCUGGCUGCAAUAUGCUACUCUGUUGGUACUAAGAAGUGCCUUUCCUGACGUCGCUGCUGCUUGGACCCGCUUGUAGAGCAGUUUCUGCUUUUUUGCCUUGCUUGCUGCCAGCUACACUGCAUCAAGAGCCCAGCCAGCCACCCUCUGCAUCUAGACAGCCCCCCCAAUUCUGUUCUUAAUCAAGAGAAAUCCUCGUGCAUAAGGCAUAAGCUUAUACUGUUCUGUAGUCACAAAAAAAAAAAGAAUACAAACUAAGGUAUCUGCUUAUAUAAGACGAAGUCAAGGACAGACAGACACAGGGGAUAGAGAAAGAGGGAGAGCAAACCUCUAUUAUUAUCCGACAGUGCUGCAUCUAUAUAUUUCAAGCUGAUCAAUACCAAUCACACCGCAGAACCCAACCGAAUUGCCACUUCAGCUGUGUGGAGAUUACCUUUCAGAAAAACUUUUACUGAGAGCAGUUUGGAGAAUUUAUGCCGGCGCAGGGGCUGCCACGUUUUCAUGCUCGCAAUUUGGGCUGAAUAUCGGAACUCCAAAUGGGUAACUGAGAGUACAGAGAAGUUCCAGGCCUCCGCACUCACCAACGAAUGAUCUUCUUCACAUUACAGAGCACGUAAUCCUUAUUAUUUAUAAGCUUGUUGGUGGAAAAAGAAUCGGGACCUCUGUAUGCAGAUACAGACAGCACAGAUUUACCAUUUAAAAACUACCAGGAAAAAAAAAAACAGAGGACAACUGGAGUUUGGCUUGAUCUCGCCUCCUUCUACGACUUUUCUUUUCUUUUUUGUUUUUUUAUAAAAACUACUCAUAAGUUUUGAGUAUGGCUGUUAGCGUGGCACCGAUUCGGGACACGAAAUGGCUCACCUUGGAAGUGUGUCGGGAGUUCCAGAGAGGGACUUGCUCACGGCCAGACACAGAAUGUAAAUUUGCACAUCCGUCAAAAAGUUGCCAAGUUGAAAAUGGACGCGUAAUCGCCUGCUUUGACUCAUUGAAAGGUCGCUGUUCACGAGAGAAUUGUAAAUAUCUCCAUCCGCCACCACACUUAAAAACACAGUUAGAGAUAAAUGGAAGGAAUAACCUGAUUCAGCAAAAGAACAUGGCCAUGCUGGCCCAGCAAAUGCAGUUAGCCAAUGCAAUGAUUCCUGGUACUCAGCUCCAACCUAUGCCAAUGUUCUCAGUCACACCAAGCCUAGCCACCAAUGCAACAGCAGCCUUUAAUCCAUACCUGGGGCCGGUAUCACCGGGCCUUGUACAAGCUGAAAUCCUUCCUUCGGGACCAAUGCUUGUUGCUGGAAACCCUGGAGUUGCAGUGCAGUCAGCUGCCGCACAGAAGUUGAUGAGAACCGACAGAUUGGAGGCCAGCUACAAUCAGGCAGCUGCACUACGAGCUUCCCCACGUUGCCCAACCAAUGACCUCAACCCUGAUCUGGAGGGAGCACCCUCUUUAUGGGUGAGAGGUAAUUCAGUCUCCAUGCCAGCUCAAUCCUGGAGCUCUCCAGAGCAGAGACUGCCAGUUGUGCCAAAUUAUGUGUGGUGGUUUUAUGAUGUGGACGCCUGCCCUCUGGGAAGUGAGCUGAGACCAGCAAACUCAUUUCACUUAGGACAUCAAGCUGGACUUGACCCCCGGUCUCAGAAGAGAAAGGUAUGUCGAGAAUACCAACGUGGCAACUGUAACAGGGGAGAGAAUGAAUGCAGGUUUGCCCACCCAGCUGAGAGUGCAAUGAUCGACACCAAUGAUAACACCGUCACUGUGUGCAUGGAUUAUAUUAAAGGAAGAUGUUCACGGGAAAAGUGCAAAUACUUUCACCCCCCUGCACAUUUGCAAGCCAAGAUAAAGGCUGCACAAUACCAGGUCAACCAGGCUGCCGCUGCUCAGGCAGCAGCAACCGCAGCAGCCAUGACUCAGUCGGCUGUCAAAUCACUGAAGCGAUCCCUCGAGGCAACCUUUGACCUGGGAAUUCCUCAAACAGUACUUCCCCCAUUACCAAAGAGGCCUGCACUUGAAAAAACCAAUGGUGCCACCGGAAUGUUUAACACAGGUUUUUUCCAGUACCAACAGGCUCUUGCCAACAUGCAGCUCCAGCAGCAGGCGGCCUUUUUCCCACCAGGCUCAAUUUUGUGCAUGACACCCACUGCAAGUAUUGUUCCCAUGAUGCACGGUACAGCGCCGGCUACUGUGUCUGCAGCAGCAACAUCUGCCACAAGUGUUCCCUUCGCUGCAACAGCCACAGCCAACCAGAUACCCAUAAUAUCUGCAGAUCAUCUGAGUAGUCACAAGUAUGUUACACAGCUCUAGAGGUCAUGACCUGAUGCAAUUAUGCUAAGGAAACAAGGAACUUGAAGAAAGUACAGGCCAAGGCCAUUAGCCAUAGUAUGCAUACAGUACAAAGAAACACAGCAUUGCCCACAGUGACACAUGUUCAUCUUGCAUGAUGAGUGAUGCCAAGAUCAAUAUGGAUCCCAUUACACACAUUACAGUCUAUGAUUUGUACAUUUUUUUUUCUUGAUAUUUGUGCUAAAGUGGAAUUUUGUUUUUAAUUCUAAUACAACAUAUCCUGUAUUUUCUCACAGUGGUUUGCAUUCAUGCAUCUCUUUGCAGAGGUGUAGCAAGACUUUCCUUUACUUGGGGGCAAAGAUUACAAUUUACACCCUAGACCUCUAUCUAAAUAUUUUGGACAAGCAGAGUGGCUUGUUGACACUCUCCUGGCACUAAGCUACAGGGCACGUCCCCCACCACCACACCCUUUAAGCUACACAUCUGUCUCUUAGUACUUGUCACUUGUGCAUCUGAUGUAUGUUUUGCUUUCCAAAUUGAAAAUUCAGACUAUGUUGUACUUGGUAAUCUACAACGUAUUGGUACGUCUUUAGACCAAGAUUAUUAUUUGUAAUGUUUUUUUUUUUUUUUUUCAAGGUUUACAAAAUAACAAAAGGUGCACCUUGUCUAAAUUGCCUUUGUAGCUGGGAGUAUGCAUGCCAGCUAGUUUUAUAAGGAUGAUGUUUUCCUGUUCUAGAUUGUAGGAGGUGACAAGAGGUCUGACACAGAUGAAUGUGCCAAGCAAACCACAGCUGUGUAUGUUUUAAAGCACAUUAAGGCUUUAAGUAUGGUAUUAUUUGUGCCCAUGAAGUGCCAUUGACUGUACAUCAUUAUAGAGUAUUACUUUAACAGUGUUAUUUUUUUGUAUGCAGAAAAACCAUAUUGUCUAUGUUACAAUGGAUCAGUCAUAGGCACUAUUCGAUUUCCAUAGCCAAAGCUCUCAUAGAAAUGAGUUUACCUGAACCAAACAUGGGAAGUUGACAUCAUAGAAAUGCCAUCAUUUUAUGUGGUUUUAAACAAGCGCGCCAGAGAAAACAAAAGAUGCCAUAGUGGGUGGACUGGUAUUGUGCUAUGCACGAUUGUUCACACAGAUAUGUUGCCUUCAAAAUGCAGCUCACGGCAGUUUAUGUAAAAAGAAAACAGAGCAUAGCUUUUAAGAAAUCCUUAUUGUUUGCGACAGUAAGGGGAAGUCUUAGGGAAUAUUAUGAUACCGGCAUCCUGGAACGGGUCAAUUUAGUUCAAGCAACUGAAUAAAAUGUACUAUUAAAUUAAUUUUCUGGAAAAUAACAUUAAUAGGCUGUCCCUAGGAUAGACAUUUAAUGUGCUAAGUGUGGGUGUCCAGCCAAAGCCCCUUUGUUCCACUGAUUGUUUGGAGGCCCAAGGCAAAAGUCUCCCAAUCACAGACAGAUAACCGACUGUAAAACUAUUGUUAUAUCCCUACAAAACCUGAUCAUUACACAGAUAGAUGAGACUUCAUUCGCUCUACAUUUUUUACAGUAUACUAGGAAACAUGAUAGAAUUAAGCACAUAUACUUCAGUUAUUAGAAGCACCUUUAGGGAUAAUGCAAUAAUAUUUCAUAGCAGUCAGACCCACUGCAACAAUGGAGAACAACAAGGGUGUUAUCCAAUGACCUGUGUCUGCUUCUCCGUAGGCAGGAUACAUACUGUCAUUACUGGUUGCCUGCUUUCUGCUGAAUGACACACAGGCAAAACAAAUGGAAUCUAAAUUCUCCAUUGCUGUCCAUCUUUGUUUACCUGAUUGCUCCUAUUUAUAAAGAAACCAAUUGUGGUGGCACUAUUGUAUUUAAAGGGGUAUUCCCAUGUUAGAAUGUUAUGGCAUAUUAGUUUCAAACCUCCAUUGUUCCUGAGAAUAAAGGCAAGAUCCCUUAAAGCAUAACUGUAAAGUUAGAUAAAAAUGAUUAUAGUGCAGCAAUGUGCACAAUUAUCAUUUUUUUUUAUUACCUUCAUCUCCAAUUCAACUUGUAAAAGGCUGUCUGGAGUGGACACUUAUAACUAUACAUUAGAUUAUAGAACAUCCUGCUCUGCCUCCACAUUAGCUGUAGCCAGCAUGAGAACCAGCAUCAUAGAAGUCGCUGGAUACUGGGUUUUGUGUGCUGGACAGGUAUGCUAUGUAGACAGAAUAAUAUGCUCUGUUUCAUAAUGCGUAGUUAUGAGAGGCCAGGAACAUGGACACUGGCUGCUCUGUAUAACCAUUUACAAGUUAAAUUGGAAAUUGGAGUAAUUAAAAAAGUUCCUAUUGUGCACAUUGCUGCACUAUAAUCAUGUUUAUUCUAACUUUAUAGUUAUGCUUUUAGCUUACUCCCUGCUUAGUGGGACUACCUUACAAAUGCUAUGUAGGCAAUUGGAACAAGGAUCUAUUCAAGUGAAUCUGUCCUGUGUUUUAGUUUCCUUGUACACUGAGUGAAUGAGACUAUGAUUUGUCAGGAAAUGGCAACUGUGAAGAGGUCACAUUGCUCAACUAUUGCUGUUUCCCCUUCUGAAGAUUGGUCUUGGUCUCAACACUCUGUGCAUUACCAUGUGCAUUAUCAUAAUUAGUUUACCUAAUCAUAAUCUCUAUGCUUAAUGUUCCAGUUUGCACUUUUUACAUAAAGACAAGAAUCUAUUCCAUGCCAAUAAAUGUAAGUCUUUUGAAUAAAAUACAAAAUGGACCCUUGUAAAACAAUAAAAGGAACCAGUGUAAAGAUAUAGAUGAUAGAUUUAGGAACAAUUAUUGCUGUGUAAAAUAUAAUAUGUAUAUGGAGAUCAUACAGAGAUUUGUCACCAAAUGCACUUACUCUAUUAUUAAAUGCUGCUACUCCCAGCUCCUCCAACCAAUUAAUUUAGGGCUGUACUGUAUAUAUGUACCGAAACUGAAAAUAUAAUAUUGUGGAGUAUUCAUUAAAGAAUACUAGUAUCUUACACCUAGUAUGUACAUUACAUAUGGUAUGCACUAACCAGAAUAUAGAGAAACAUUUAGAACUUUUAUGAUUGUAUGUAAAUAUAGAGUCAUAUAUAAUAUUUAGAUAUAUACAUUACUAUAGAGUUAAAUUGUAUUUAAAUGUAACCUUACCUGAAAGACUGGUCACUUGUAUACAUUCAACGAUGGGCGAUUUCUGUGAUGUCAGAAUACAAGCUAAUACAGCAGUGGUAUUCUAGUGAGGUUCAGUAAAAGUUUAGUAAACUCAUGGCCAAUUUUACCCUUUAGAAAAAAAUAAAUAAUUACCUUUCUUAGAAUGUGUGCAUUUUUUCAGAUUUAAUGUGUAAUAUUUAAAAUUUUUAUAUGUGAAUGAACUUUGCAUUUUGUUUGUGGAUACACGUGCAAUGCAUUGGCUGGUUCAGUGGCCCUUAAUUAUAGGGUUAAGGCUUCUUUCACACUGACGUUUGUGCCCGUCAUGUUACCAGCCGUUAGGAAGAUAGCGAGAGAACAAUUUGUGCAUGACACGUCUUUUUCUCCCGCUAUCUUCGGCCGCAAUAACGGGAGUUCUAACAGACAUUAAAGGAAUCCCAUUCAAGUGAAUGGGAUCCACUUUGCCCAUUAUAACUGUCGUUAGGCUCCGUUACAAUAACGGACAUUAAUGGCAGACAAAGUAGGAAAAAAAGCCACAUGCAACAGGACAUAGGGGUUGUAGCUACAGAUACAGGACUGUAUAGUUACAUAUAGCGCCUCUAAGGACAUAAGAUAAAACAUAUUAAAUAUAGUAUAGUGAUCAUAGACAAAACACCGUAGUUAAAAUGAGUGUGAAAGUUAUAAUACACUUGUUGGAUUAAUAGGAUACAGUUGAGCAUAUAUUCUGAAGUAUAUCCUGAAAAAUAUAGCCUGAAAGUGAACAGACCCUAACAACUGAUACCUUUGAGUAGAAUUGAUCUCAUAUAUCUCCUGGAUAUAAACCUUAAUAUAUCCGAUUCAAGGGCUUUGCACCCCAUGUGGACAGUGGCCUUGGAAAACUGUCGUAAAGCCCAAAUAGUAGGUCUAUACCAUAGAAUUUGAGUAUGCAUUCCUUUUCCAUGAUCCAGUCUAUGCAUUGCAUUGCCUCCCAGCAAAACCAAUAUAUUUUAACCUUGACAAUGUUUUUCUCUUAUCAAAAUAUUUAAUGUAGUCUAUUAAAGUAUUCCAUGAACUGUUCAUUCAUUUCAUCCUAUUACUGAGAACCUGCACAUGGGAUAUCUUUGCAUACAGAUCUGGCUGCAGGACCCUCACAGAUACUUAUGAUGGAGAUACAUGAUAUAACAAUCACUUUAGGACAUGAUUAUAUAUAGGACUGGAGAAGAAAUGAUUGUACUGUGCAUCUUUUAAAGCCUUAGAUUACAUUAUGGGUUAUAACCCAAACCAAUGUAAUUUCAGUUGUGUUAAGAAAGUUUAAGUGACUUUGCAUUUUAUGAUAAUUAUUACUUACAUCAUUGAAUAGAACUUUUUUUUCUUGUUUAAUUGUAAUUUUUUAUUUCAUACAUUUAUUAGAAUGUUUUCAUUUUUAUUGAAAGUUACAUACUGUUUAGUUUGUAGUUUUUUUUCUGUUGACAGGUUUUACUGAAAACUUUUUCAAAAUACAAAAAAAAAGAAUAAAAAUUAGUUUUCUUUUCUUCAUACCAUACUAAGUUCUGAAUUUACAUGUAUUGUCAUAUAAGUGUUUGUAUUAUUGUUAACAAAAUGAUUUCUAUUUUACUGACUUAAUAUUACAAUGUAAGAAUAUCAGUCAUUGUUAGUUUUCACUAAGAGAACAAAGACCUUUUGUAUGGAUAUCUUCUAUUAUGUAAUCAUUAAAAGCAAGGUGUUAUGUUGUUGCUGCGGCAACAAUCCUGGCAGACAAUUAAGUAAUAUUUUGAUGAGUUAUUUUGUUUGUAAUUAGUUAUGAAAAUAUAGAUCCUAGUUAUUAGAGUAUAACUUUAUUUUCUACUGUAUCCAUUUCAAAUGUUAAGAUAUUGUUUGAAUAUUUUUGGAAAUCCCUGAAUAUCAGGCCUUGUUAUAAAUAAGCUGCAUAAUCAAUAAAUCAAGGGACUUUUUUUUUUUUGUUGAUAAUCCAAAUAUUCAAAGUUUACGUAGCGAGUAAGAGUGUGCAAACUCUUGAGGGUGGAUUAUGCUGCAAUUUUGCAUGUCGGAAAGGAUAGGGAGAAGUUGACUUUUUGCACUUCUGUAUAUAGUCAAAAAAGAGAGAAACAUGUAUUAUAGUAAGAUCUUAUUUUGGAUAAAAAUGUCUAUAAUUACAAGGAGUUUUGUUAAAGCUUAUAAAAUGACAGGCUAAACAAAAUUGCUUGCAAAGUGGCACAGAGUUAGCACUCCAUAGCCCCCUAAAAAGGUUGCUUUGCUUUGUGUAAACAGCUUGUAGUUUGCCAGGAUUUUUUUUAGCUGGACAGAUUUACCAUUAUUCAGACAUCAUACAACUUAAAGAUAUAGACCCACUGGUCCAUGUCUGCCUGAGCAGCAUCACACAAGCAGCGCAGAUACUUCAACCAAUGGAAGGUAGUCAUGGAUCAAGUAAUCCCAUACAUUACUCGAACAAACAACUGCAUGUUUAAAAAUAUCACAGUCAAUGAACUAUAUUAAGGGUAUAUAACUAUUCAAUUCAAUUUCUGACAGUUCUGUAGUUUAUCGUUCACAAGAGAAAAAUUAAAAAAAAACUUUUUCACACACCUUAAAGUGCACCUGUCACCUAGACAUAGGGGGUAAAGAUAUUUUAUGGACUGAGAUUGAGUCACCUCAAUCUUUUUUUUUUUUAUUGGUUGAGCAUAAAUUGUUAUUGACAGAGCAUAAAAUUGAUGAGCUCCAUGCAAAUUUCCGAUGGUUGAUCAUGACAUCACAUGGUGCCAAAAUAGGGGUCUCUGAGACUCAUUUGUUGGAUUUUCUAGAAUGCUACUCAUUUUUCAUUGAAGUGGUUAUUUGGGCUUUUAAAACUGAAAGCAUAAAAGGGUAUUCCGGCCGUUAUACAUCUUAUCCCCUAUCCAAAGGAUAGGGGACAAGAUGUAUGAUCGUGGGGGUCCCGCCGCUGGGGACCCCCGCAAUCUGCCAUUGCACACCCACCUUUGUGAGCUCUCUGCAGCCCUGGAGGCUCCCAGUGUGUAGAGUGACGACCAUAGGGCCGAAGUAUUGUGACGUUAUGGAUCCACCCUCAUGUGAUUUCACUUCCCGCCCCCUCAAUGCAAGUCUGUGGGUGGAGGCGUGAUGGUCGUCACACCACCCCCCGCAAUCAUACAUCUUGGCGGGACUCCCACGAUCAUACACCAGGCAUAAGAUGUAUUAGGGCCAGAGUACCCUAUUAACCUCAAAAUAGGCCAUCAAUAUUAGACUCAUCUACUUGCCAUUCAGUUGUUUGAAAAGGACUCUGCAGCCUCAUAUAUUCAUAUUUGGACAUACCAUGGUUUUUGUAGCACCUAUUCUAAGUAUUGGAGAUGUGUCCCAUUCGCUUGGAUAUGAUACAGCUUUAAUACCUACAGUUUCACAGAAACUACAAAAAGUAUGAGGUUUACUAGUACAAGAACAUGUAAAAAUGUAGAGGCUGCAGUACUUGCUCGAGCAUAGCAGCCUUUUAAAGGGGUUUUCUGGGCUAAUAUGAUCAAUGGCCUAUCUUUAGGGAUACCCAACACCCCAGCUGAUCAGCAGUUUGGGGCCAGAAGCAGUUGACCUCUUUCACAGAGUAGUGCUAGUGCUGCAUUACUGAAUCUGAUCUCUCAUUGACUUGAAGGGAAGCUCAGCUGCAGUUACGAGGAGCCAUCACUGGACUGUGAAUGGAGCCACCUGCCCUAUUCACUGUGUAUUGCGGCCGCCAAACAGCCAGGAUUUCAGUAUAUGCAGUGGAAUAGUGAUUGAUGGUAUAUCCUGAGAAUAGACCAUUAAUUCUACUAUGGUGGUAAACCCCUUUAAAACAGCUUAUCGGCAGGGAUGCUGAGAGACAAACCGCAAAAGAUCUAGUAUUCUGAGGAUAGGCUAUCAGUUUUCAAAGCCUAGAUAAUCAGUUCAAACUCUUAUUAAAUCUUAAAGGGGCUUUGCCAUCAGACAAUAUCAUUUUUUUUUUUUUUUUAUAUAGCCCCUAUGGCGAUUAGCUGAUCAGCAAAUGCAGCAGCUGAAAGCCUUGACAAUAACAUGUUUUUUGCAGUGACUUCUUCAGAGGAAACACUGUUUUCCAUGUAGCUUAUUUAGUUAAAUGAGUCACCAUGCAAUAUAUAUUGUAUGUAUUGUAAAUCCUCCACAGCAGGAGCCACUUUGUAGAGGCUUUCCAUUCAAGCUUAUGGAGAAGGUAAGAGCCUAAGAGAACUUCCUCCUAGUACAAAAUAUGGAAAGGUUUUGUCCGAAAGACUUUAACCCCUUUAAAACAUCAAUAAACCACAUUCUCAUAUUGGUUCAGUCCACAAAAUAGAAGCCUCCAUUGUGUUUCUGUGAAAUGUACACUUUAUAUUCAUUAGCAGGCAAAACAAACAGCGCACAUUAGCCGUAGUAGUAGUGUGAUUUUUAUUUUAUAAUUGCUUUAAUUUGUUCUUUUAGCAGAUGAUUUGUAUAUACGUAAAAAAUUGUACUCACCAAACAGUAUAUUGUUGUAAACCAAAGCUAAAAUUUAUUAUUGUUAUUAUAAUAAUUAUUGUUAUUAAUAUUAUUGGACCAUUUUUAUUACCCAGACGUCACACUGGCAAAAACCUAAGUUGCACUUAAAUUAAAUUGUUAGACUCUUCAUCUGCUAGAAGGACAGAUGUGCUUGAUUUUGCAGUUGUAUAACCACAGACUUACUUUUUGCUUGUAGUUGCUGAAACCUAUGUACUCUGUCUUCGGCUGCAGUUUUUUAUGGUUAUUUUAUUUUUACUGCUAAUAGUUGAUCAUGUUGUAUGAAAAUAAAGUGAAAUUGCCCUAAUAAAAUUAACCUUUAUGGAGUUGG